GAAGUUCCGCGGGCGGCUGCCGCGCUCCCCCCCUCACGCCCGGCGCUUCUCCCGCCCUCCGCGGGGUGGGGUCGCUCCUCCGCCCUCCCCGGGGCCGGGCUCGGCGGGGCCUGGCCCCUGGCGUGGAGGGGAGCGGGUGAGCGCCGGGCCGUGCCGGGCCAAGCCGUGCCGUGCCGAGCCGAGCCGAGGCGAUGCUGGGCGUGCGGCUGCGGCUCCUGGCGUGUUGCCUGCUGCUGCUCGGCGGCCGCAGCCCGCCGCGGGGCGCCGCCGCCCUCAGCCCCGACGAGGUGCCCGCCCUGCGGAAUAAGGGGAUAUUUAUUAUACAAAGUUCAGGCUCCAACUUGUGCAUCAAGGCGGAUCCAGCUGGCCUUGUUCUGGAAGACUGCAGUCAACUCUCCAAAUACGUGCUAUGGAAAUGGGUAUCCAAUCGUCGGCUUUUCAAUAUAGGCAGAAGUACCUGUCUAGGACUGAACAUCAGUAGACCAGAACAGCCAUUGACUAUGCUUGAAUGUGAUUCAACUCAAUACUCACUAUGGUGGAAUUGUGAUGAAGGAGCAUUGGUUGGUGUAUCAGAGUACAAAUUAGCUGUUGAAAACAGCAAAGAUAUUGUUGCAAAAAAAAAUUCUAAUUAUCAAUGGACACAGUACAUGUCCUAUGAUGAAGACCUUUGUGAACAUCCUUUCCAAGAAACAUAUACCUUAUUGGGAAAUUCUUUUGGUUUCCCAUGCGUUUUUCCAUUUAAAUAUAACAACAAGUGGUAUUAUGAGUGUACCAGAGAUGGAAGGGAAUUUGACUGGUGUGCCACAACAAGUUACUAUGAUCAAGAUGAAAAAUGGGGGUUUUGCCCAAAUGCUGAGAGCGGCUGCGAUGCUUUUUGGAAGAAGAACCCCGCCACGCACCUCUGCUACCAGUUCAACCUGGCGUCCGUGCUGUCAUGGCAUGAGGCACGGGCUGCGUGCCAGAUGCAAGGAGGAGAUCUGCUCAGCAUCACCAGCCUGGAAGAGCAGAGCUACGUCAGUGAUUUAAGCCGGCAGUUAAACGCCACAGACAUCAUGCUUUGGACAGGCCUAAAUAGACUGGGGGAAGAUACUGGCUGGCAGUGGUCAGAUGGAGCGCCAUUGGUGUUUGUGAACUGGAGAGCAAAUGUCUCUGAUGACCGUUUUAGCGAAAAUCAUUGUGCGGUGAUUAAUUCAAAAUUGAAGUACGGCUGGCAAAGUUACUUAUGUGAAUCUGGAUUGCCUUUUGUAUGCAAGAAAUAUUUAAGUAAGACAGAGCAUGAAACGUUUGAUACAUGGAAGUAUUAUGCCACUCGUUGUGAUGCUGGCUGGUACCCACACAAUCGCAACUGCUAUAGACUUCAUAAAGAGGAGAAGAGCUGGAACGAUGCUUUGAUCUCAUGCCAAAGUGACAACAGCAGACUCAUUAGUAUAUCCUCCAUGGCAGAUGCGGAGCUGCUCCGUAACUUGCUUGAACAUGAAAACGUAACUGAAACAUGGAUUGGGUUAUACAGUAAUAAUACCCCAGUUGUUUUCAAGUGGUCAGAUAGCACCCCAGUGAAGCUGUCCAACUGGCACAGCCUAGAACCUAAUACCUUUCAAAGAACAGGACAACUCUGUGUUUCAGCACAAGGACCUGAGGGACAUUGGAAAGUUAAAAAAUGUGAAGACAGAUCUUUCUAUGUUUGCAAAAAAGCAGGGGAAUUUAAUAAUGUUUCUUCUGAGAUGGAAUCAAGUUGUCCAGAGGGAUGGGAAAGACAUGGUGGAUAUUGUUACAAAAUCGACAGUACCCCUCGAAGUUUUGAACAUGCUUCCAGUGGUUAUUUCUGCCCAUCUGCACUUGUAUCAGUAACAAACAGGUUUGAACAAGCUUUUAUCACCAGCAUGAUCCAUAGCACGGUAAAAUCUGAGAGAACUUAUUUUUGGAUAGGCCUGCAAGACCUUAACAACACAGGAGAAUACUUUUGGCUAACAACAGAUGGGAAGAAUCACUCUGUGAGCUACACAAACUGGAACAAGCAUCAGCCACGUCAUUCUGGAGGAUGUGUGGCAAUGCGUGGAGAGAACCGUGUUGGUUAUUGGGAGGUAAAAAGCUGUAGGAACUUCAAAGCAAUGUCAUUGUGCAAGCAAAAAAUAAAUUCUUAUGAAGAACCUGAACUUACUUUUCAAAGACAUUUGAGUUCCUGCUACUUUGGAUGGGAGUCAGAAGCCAACCUAUUUAACUGCUACAAGAUAUUUCACAGUGAAAAAGUUCUGAUGAAAAGAACAUGGGAUGAAGCAGAAACAUUAUGCCAAGAUUUUGGAGCACAUCUUGCUAGUUUUUCCCAUAUCUAUGAAGAGAUGUUUCUAAACAAUUUGUUAUAUACAAUUUUUGAUAGGACAGAAGAAAGACAAUUCUGGAUUGGAUUUAAUAAAAGAAACCCGCUUACUGGAGGGACGUGGCAGUGGUCUGACAGAACACCUGUUGUAUCUUCAUUUUUGGAGAGCAAAUAUGUUGAAGACGAUUCAAGAAACUGUGGUGUGUUCAAAGUAAAUAAAACAGUCUUUCCUGCCCACUGCAAUGAAAAACGUGAAUGGAUAUGCAAAAUACCAAAAGGUGUUAAACCAAAGAAUCCAGAUUGGUACAUAGCUGAACUGCCAUGGUCAUAUUACCAAGGAGCAGAGUAUCUUUUCCACGUAAAUCCUACGGACUGGGACACCUAUGAGUUUAUCUGUGGCUGGCUUCGUAGUGGAAUGGCAACAAUAAAUUCUUCUGGUGAACAAGCAUUUAUUGAAAAUAAAAUUAAGAAGCUAUCGAAUAGUGAUGUUCACUGGUGGAUUGGAUUGCAUGCAGAAAAUGCCAGCAAUGAAUUUCGCUGGAGAGAUGAAUCACUAGUAACAUAUCAGAACUGGAAUGAAGGGAGAGAACGAGAUCUGCGUAAACCAGGGAAAAGAUGUGGCUUCAUUUCAUCACAAACAGGACUCUGGGGUGAUGAAAACUGUACUGUUUCUCUUCCUUGUAUUUGUAAACGUAAAAUUGCAUGGAAAAUUGAGAAAGAGAUUCCAAAAGACCAGAACCAACAAGGAAUAUGUCCCAAGGGCUGGUUGCACUUUGGAUUCAAAUGCUUUUUGAUACAAAUUCCAAAGGAUCCAGACCACCUGAGGAGCUGGUACUCUGCACAAGCAUUCUGCAGUAGAUAUGAUGGUUCCCUCGCCUCCCUCGAAGAUGAACUGGAACAAGCUUUCAUAACAAUGAAUCUAUUUGGACGGAAAACUAGUGUUUGGAUAGGCUUCCAGAGUGAUGAUUAUGAAAAGUGGGUGAAUGAAAAUCCUCCGAUGUAUUCCAAUUGGUCUCCAAUUCAAGCAGUGCAUAGACAGCGUUAUAAUAGUGCCAACGUUGAAGAGCAAGUUCCACUUUGUACACUGGUAUCAAAUAGCCCGAAUUUUUAUUUUACUGGAAAAUGGUACUUAGAAAACUGUGAGAAAAAUUAUGGGUUUGUUUGCCAAAAAAAGCAGGACACAUCCAGACAUGUCAUCAACGCAUCUGAAAUGUACCCUGUGCCAGAUACUUUAGAGUAUGCAAACAGAACAUAUAACUUAAUACGUGGGAAUUUUACAUGGUCUGCAGCUUUAAAAACCUGUAUGGCAAAUGGAGCCGAGUUGGUCAGCAUUGCAGACCAGUAUCACCAAGCUUUCCUCACAGUCAUUGUGAAUCGGCUGGGAUACAACCACUGGAUCGGGCUGUUCACUGCGGAUAACGGGCUUAACUUUGAAUGGUCGGAUGGGACUAGGUCCUUGUUCACCUUCUGGGAAGAUGACGAGUCCCAGGCCUUUGGCAGCUGUGUGUAUAUGGAUACCUCGGGCCACUGGAAGAGCGCAAACUGUGAACGACUUCUGCAAGGAGCAGUCUGCCAUGUGCCACCUAAGAAGAAACUCACUGACUAUAAAGGCUUAUGUUCAGAAAAAACUGUUCCCUGGAUCAAAUUCAAAAACAGUUGCUACAGUUUUACCACAGUUCUUCAGGGCACAAGUUUUGAUACUGCAUAUGAAGUCUGCAGAAAUCAAGGAUCUAAUCUUCUGACUAUUCAAGACGAAGAUGAAAACGCCUUCAUUCUGGAAGAAUUGCACAGUUUGGGUUAUUCUGUGCAAAUGGUUUGGUUGAACAUCCUGCAUGUUACAGAUAAUGAGACAGUCUCCUGGUCUGAUGGCUCUCCCUUAAAUUAUUCUAACUGGGGCAUCAGAGAGCCUGAAUUUGAUCAUCUCAAAGGGAAUUUCUGUAUCAGCCUGAGAACCACAGAUGGUAUAUGGCAAAUAUCUCCGUGCAGAGAAAAAAAAGGAUUUGUAUGUAAAAUGGAUGCAGAUAUUGAUGCAACAGCACCCUCUGAAAAAUCAUCAUACCCUGGGCUUGCAGCUCUGGCUGUUCUUGUAACAUUGGUGAUGCUGGCUGCCAUUUCCAUUUUUUUGUGGUGCCUGUACAAACAGAACAACAGACUCUUCAGCAGGAUACUGUGGAUUAGAAAUGCCUAUUUUCCACAGAUUAACACUGACGUUCCUGCUUUGGAAGAAAGCAUCCUCAUUUCUGAUUUUGAGAGAGAUGACAAUUAAUCCAUCGGGAGUAAUGAGCAGUCAGGUCUUCAGUGUUAAACUCCACAUCCUACAGCAUUUUUCUUUCCGUGAGCCAGUUGCAGCUCAUCCUCUCAGCCAUCAGCAAGGACACCUAAAUGCUGCUGGAAGAGCGGUGAGAGGAGCGAAGCAGCAGCCACUGCUCUUUCCUUCGUUUUGAAUUUGUUGCAGCAUUUGUUGCAGUUUCUGAAAGGUUUUCAUGGUGAGCAGUGAGGAGCUGAGCACCAGGCACAUCUGAUCUCACCAGCACCAAGCCCAAGCUUCCUCGGUGGCAGAGGGGUCUGCGGCCCCUUCUCAGGUGACUCAGGGCACCUAAUUCUGGAGAAACCCUUGCAGCUCUGCUAGAAGCGUGCAGGGGGGCUGCUGUGCUUGGACUGCUUUGGCUUGGUGGGAGAAUUUGGUGAGGAUGCACAGAACCGUGGAGAAAUUGGCUUCUUUGGGAAAAGCUGAGAACUGAAAACACUCCCAUACUAUAAACCUCAAACCCCUCAUGUGGAGCAACUGUGUCCAAGCCCCUGAACAGUGGGCAUUUCCAUGUAGCUUCUUCCUUCGGGAACGUUUGGGCUUUUGUGCUUUGUUUUUACAUGUUGCAGAAGCUGCUCACGAGCCAGCAUUAAAAUUUGUCCUUGAAUUUAGGGACUCUGAAACCUAUUCCAAGGAUUAUAGGUUAGUUCUUUCUAAUACCCGUUGCAUCUGUAAAACGAAGAGUUAAUUUUCAGGCAGUGGAUCCUUGCCAGGUAGAUUUCCAAGCCUGCAGAAAAAUGAAGUGACUUCUGAUUUGGGAGUGUCAGAGCUGUGGUAGUUUGGCCCAUGAUGUCUAGUUUACGUUAUAAAAUAUAUUAGGCUAGAGUUACAAUGAUGUAUGGACUUUGUCAUCCUAAAGUUAAUACAUUCAGUAGAGAUGCUUCUGGUGCUCUGUUAGAAAACAAUGUGAUCUCUCACCCAGGUUAUUUCAGAAACCGAAUCCCAUCAACCACUUUUAAAGACACUUUGGGGCAAUAUCCAUUUGAAGAAAAAUAUUGUUAUUGAGUCUUGUUAAUGUUAUAGUAAUAAAUGGCUUUGGUGUUCACCUACAGUAUUACUGCAAGCAGUAUUUAUGUGCACUCUUCUGAGACUCAGCUCUCCAAACAUAAGGAGAAUAUGAGGGAGAAUCACAUCUGCAGUUCCCAAAGGAUGCUCCUCUCUCUAGUCAGAGAGUCUUGUAAUCCCAAAACACACCCUCAGAAGGCUGCUUUUCACUUUUAGUUGUCAUACCAAGGUGCUAACGAAGGAGUGAGUUUGCACUGGCCAGUUGUUCCUCCCAGGCUGGUGGCUGUGCAAGACCCAGUUUCAGGUUACAGUGGUCCAAAGCGGACAUGCUGACUCCCUGGGGGACUCCCACAACCCUACCCAAUCCUCCAGCCACUUCUGUAAAAAUAUCUGAAUGAUUUUUGGAGGAUUUUUUAUUAUUAUUUUUAUUGCAGAGUGGAAAAACAAAAUGUUAGUCACAAAGAGUUACCUCAGCAUGUAAUUAUUGUGCCUUCAGUCAUCUCUAAAAGCUGCUGUGAAGGGCUGUGCAUGUUGGUGGGUCGGUUUGUUUGUUUGUUAUAAGGUGACUCAUUCUAAGAAUUUUGCAAGAGCCCUAAGAUGGAGGCACAUUUUUGAGAGCUUAGCAAGCAGCCAAAGCCAACUGCAGUGUUUUUAUUUAGUAUUUAUGCACGUACAGAGGAAUGUAUGACUUCCUUUCAGUUAGAUUUCACAUGGCCAGUUCUAUAAACAUUGCAAAAAUUGCCUUUUCAUGUCAUAACUAUGUCUAGGGUUAUAUUUUUCUUAAUUAGUUGAUACAUAGAGUAUUUCUGUGCUGGUUUACAGAAUUCAAGAAACGUGGUCAAGGAGGCUACAGAUGCAUUUGAUCCCAACACAAUUUUCAUUUGACUUUUUGAAAAAACUUCUGUGGCUGUAACUAUUAGAUGUUCUUCUUAUUAGGAGUUUUUUCUGUCAGGGGAUUUUUCCAUCAGAUUUUUUCAUAAGAAAAGCUAAAUAGCUUUUCUCUGUAUAUUUUGUCUUGUGGUUUGACCCCAUCCAUUAGUCUUCAGGAAUGUUUUUGAAGCUUCGCUGUGGAUCUGCAGAUUUGUGUAUGGGACUGCUUGUACGUGAUGCCCACUAUUACAGGUUGUGCACUGCAGCUUUUGAGUGCAGUUGCCAGACCAUUUGCUAUUUGUGUGUAUGAACUGUGAUAGCUUCCAUGGGGCUAAUUUUGCAGUAUCUCACAUUUAAAAAAAAUAAAAGAUUGUGAUCAUCACUCCCUUCCCCAUGAGAAUUUCACCUAUUUAAAUACAGUUGGAGGAGCUAAAACCAACAUCUUUCCUUCAUCACAUUCACUGACACGUGUACACACUGCCUUCUUACAGCAGUUAGAGUGGCUUGCAGGAUGCUUUUUGCUUGCAAGAGUAAGCUGGGUCACCUCAGAGGACGUGCAUUUAUCAGGCUCUUACGCUGUUACCUAGUUAAGCAUACUCUGUCAGAUUUUGAUGUUAAUGAAGGUGUAUAUUUUUUUCAAAAAACUUACAUAGGCAUUUUAUCAAUUUUCCUUGAAGUCUGUUGUAAUCAUUUUUAAUAUAUUUGAAGGGCAGUUGUAUAAUAAAUAACCCUAACCUCAAAAUAGUUAUUGUUGAUUAACAUAGACUAUGAUGUACGUGAUCUUGCAUUAAGGGAAAAAUAGUUCAAGCAGUGUUUUCUUCAUGCUUUGAAAUAGUUCUGAGGGAACGGUCCUGUAAAUAUUUAUUUUUAAAAUCUUUCAUCAUUUAACUUUUCUAAUUGCAAGUAUUAUUCACUCAAGAAUGUAACUGUUGAUUGUUUUCUAUUCCUUGUUCUAAGAACUUUUUUUUACGGUGAGAACAAUUAUUUGCUGGAGCAGCCUCCCCAGGGGUGUGGUAAGAGUCCCCAUCACUGGAGGUUUUCCAGAUGUGAUUCGACAGGGUAUUAGAUAAUCUCAUCUAGGUUUCCUUCUGCCAUAAAAGUUUGAACCUGCUGAUCUUUUGAGGUCCCUUCCCAUCUGGGUUGUUCUGUGAUUCUAUGGAUUUUACCAUAGCUCUUGUUUGUUUUCCCUUAAUCCGAGAUCUCCUACCCUGUUCCUGAUCAGAGUAUGUGGUGCCUACGUUUUGAUUGCUGACUGUGAUAUUAUUGGCAGUGAUGUUCACUGUAUUACUUCAACUGGAAAAUUAAAGUGUGAAUAAUAA